AUGGCUACCGCUGAGAAGAAGAAGCUUCGCCUAGCGGCCUUCAUUUACUCUGGCGCUCAAACCCAGAUAUGGCGACAUCCAGAUAUGCACGCACACGAGAGCCUCGACGUCGACUACUACAUCUCGUACGCACAACUAGCCGAGCGCGCAAAAUUUGACACUCUUUUCCUUGCCGACGGAGCAUCGUUCCCAACGGGAGACCUCGCGAAACACCUCUGGAGUGUCAGUGGUUUUGAGCCGGCUACACUAUUCUCUGCAAUCGCUGCCAGGACCGAACACAUUGGUCUGGUGUACACGGCAAGUGUCAGCGACAAUGAGCCCACUCAUGUUGCUCGUCAACUCGCUAGUCUAGACCACAUCAGUCACGGGCGUGCAGGCUGGAACGUAGUCACCACUCCCGGACCUGGCUCCGUCAACCUGGGUGUCCCGCCUGACGAGGUGAAAGACAGCUCAGCGAAGUACAAGCGGGCAAGGUCGUUCUUGAAUGCUGUUCAAACGCUCUGGGACAGCUUCGAGGAUGAUGCCUUACCAAGAAAUAGAGAGUCUGGCAUCUACGUGGAUCUGAAGAAGGUCCACUGGCCCAACAUUGACGACGGACUUUACAAAAUCAACCAACCUCUGAAGGUCGAGCGUCCAAUCCAAGGUCACCCUGUCAUUGCCCAAGCCGGAACAUCACCUGAAGGCAUAGCUUUCGGCGGUUCGACGGCUGAAUUGAUCUACUGCGCCAACUACUCCAUCGUGGAUGGGCAGAAGACAUACCGGGCUCUCAAGGACGCAGCGCGAACGGCUGGGAGAGAUCCAAACCAUCUUGUCAUUCUCACCGGCGUUGCUGUCAUAUGGGGAGAAACACAAGAAGAAGCAGAGAGCAGACUGAAAGAGGUGACUUCGUUAUGGCCGAUUGAAGUUGCGGUGAAGAACCUCGGGAUUGACUUCGGGGACGUAGACAUUGACUCCCCAUUUCCCGAGUCUUACUCUGCCACAUUCUCACAAGGCCGCUCGGCAGCAAUCGCAUCGUUUGCAAGGGCCAACAAUCUCACGAUACGCCAGACGGCUGAACGUUGCUCUAUUGGACUUGGACAUCGACCGCUUAUCGGAACGACAGAAUCCAUUGCGGAUGACUUAGAAGCAUGGCUGGAACAGGGUGCUACCGAUGGGUUCGCAGUCAUUCAACCACGCUUGAUAGAUGGUCUCAGAGAGUUUUCUGAUCAUGUCGUACCUGAGCUGGUGCGACGUGGUAUUUUCCGGGAGGAGUAUGAAGGGAAGACAUUGAGGGAGAAUUUGGGAUCCCCAAGACCCGUCAACCGUUACGUCCAAGCUCUCUGA